UCUACUUUCAAAAGCUAUUGUCUUCAGGAAGUACAAAGGAAAACUGACAUGGCACAGUUCUCAUCGGAUUUAGAUUUAUACAGGAUGCAUAUGAAAAAUGUGACUGAAGUCACCAUGUUUAUACUGAUGGGCUUUACAGGUGACUCUGAGGUGCAAAUCUUCCUCUUUUUAUUUUUUCUAGCAAUCUACAUUUUUACACUGGUAGGAAAUUUGGGAUUGGCGAUAUUGGUCAUUGGGGAUUCUCGGCUCCACAAUCCUAUGUACUACUUUCUGAGUGUGUUGUCCCUCUUGGAUGCCUGCUAUUCCUCAGUUGUCACUCCAAAGAUGUUGAUCGAUUUCCUGUCAGAGAAUAAAGCUAUUUCAUAUCUUGGGUGUGCAGCACAGAUGCUUCUCUUUAUUACUUUUGGGACCACCGAAUGCUUUCUCUUGGCCGCAAUGGCAUAUGAUCGCUAUGUAGCCAUCUACAACCCCCUCCUGUAUUCGGUGACCAUGUCACCCAGAGUCUACGUGACACUCAUCAUUGCGUCCUAUGUUGGUGGCAUCGUGCAUGCUUCCGUACACACCGUGGCUACUUUCACCCUAUCUUUCUGUGCAUCCAAUGAAAUUAAGCAUGUGUUUUGUGACAUCCCUCCUCUCCUGGCUCUUUCUUGCUCUGACACUCACACAAACCAGCUUCUCCUCUUCUACUUUGUGGGCUCUAUUGAGCUUGGCACUAUCCUGAUUGUCCUGAUCUCCUACGCCUUCAUUCUGCUGGCCAUUCUGAGGAUGCAUUCAGCUGAGGGGAAAAGAAAGGUCUUCUCUACGUGUGGCUCUCACCUCACCGGAGUGUCGAUUUACCACGGAACCAUCCUCUUCACAUACAUGAGACCAAGUUCCAGCUAUGAUUCAGACUAUGACAUGAUAGCAUCGACAUUUUACACCAUUGUAAUUCCCAUGCUGAAUCCUAUCAUCUACAGUUUAAGGAAUAAAGAUGUCAAAGAGGCUAUGAAAAAAAUGGUUAAGACAGAGUUCCCUUGA